AGUGUGGCCUCACCCUAUAGCAAGCAAAUGCGUGCUCCGUGUGUCGGUGCAUGCGCACAGCCCUCCUUACGUUGCGUUAACUACUGCUGCACGGCCUGAUUGCCGUAAUCAACGCACCUUGCGUCUCUGUGCCAAUGAUCUUUGCCAGAGAAACAUAGGAGAGUGCCGACUGCAAUGUUUGGACUCUGGGUUGAGAAAGUACGUUUCCGUAUGACUGACUACUCAAUGGAGAGACUGCGGCUGUAACCUCAUCUACAUUCAUAGCCAUUUCAUUCAUUAACAUCGGCGUUGAGAUCGACGCCCCUCCCAACUUGCCCCCACCCAUAACAGCCACCCCCACAACGUCUCAGCCGUGUCUGACAUUGUGUGUAGUCCUCUUCCUCCUCUGGUGCCGUUGCCUUGGAGGAGUGCUGUGCAGGAGGAGGCGUCUGCCGUAGAGCCGGAGAGGUGCUGUGCAGUCGUGCUACGAUUUCUUGCCAAAGUCGUGAGUGGCUUUCCCCCCACUUGUUGAUAGUAUUUAUAGAUCCUGCCGUAUUCUGCAGCAACCUUCACAAAGGUCGGCGCAUUGCAUUUUCUCUCGGGAGAUGGCACGGAACGCUCAGCCUCCGGCAUGUGUCUCUCUCCUUCUCGUCAGAAAAUGAAAGAGAUCGAGAGAGAGAGAACUCAUUCAGUCAAAGAUUGAAUGUGAACAUGUCACAGCAGCAACUGCAAGUGGAUCAGGAUGUAAUCACCGGAAACUGCAAAGUGCAAGGCAAGCGUAGAAAGUAUUGAAAGUGACUGUUACACUAGUUCAGUGCCGCCUGUCGUCAAAACAUGGCUUCUUUUUCCUCGCUGAUGUCGUCGUGGUUUUCUGGAGGAGAGAGAAGUAGGAGACGACGAAGGUCGUGGCUGCAGAGGGUGUGCUCUGGAAAGAUAACCCUGGUUGUAGUGUUGCUGGUGUUAUCUGUCCGGGCGACGUCAGAGCAAAAUGACUACUCCAACCCUAUCAUGUGCUACACGUGUCGAGGAACAGCCGUUAACAGCACGUGCGCUGACCCCAUAGACGCCCGCACCAACCCUGACCUGGUGAAGAGAGAAUGCAUGAACGGCGUCUGCCUGAAGUGGACCAAAUACAUACAAGGAAUCCUCCACAUGAUCAGAACUUGUUCUUCGGAUCUGAACUUUCACCUCACCAUGAUUGACGGCGUGUGUCGCACGGAGCGCAACGGAAACGGUUACCUGUGCAUGUGCGGAAAACAGCUGUGCAAUGAAGCCAGCUCAUUGGCUGGUCACGUGGGGCUUCUCGCAAUCCUAUUGGCGGCCUACUCUGUAAUCGUCCAGAGGCUAUGGUAGCGAAGGCUGCGAUUGGCCGGAUCCAGCUUACUCUUCUGACCUCCCCCAAGUCCCCAACGCUUCAGUGACGUAACCAACAGAUGGCGCUGCUGGCAACUUCCCGAGGAGUAGUUAACAAUGAUUGAUUAAACUGAAACCUUUCGUGCCAGCACUGAAUUGCUGGCGUUUGAUCGCAUUUAAAUCGAUUAGUAUAACUUUAUUUGGAGUUAUCUCGCCCUAGGUGGCGAUGUUAAAAGUCAAAACAUUCUGACCUGUGGUUGAGGACUAACCUCACCACAAUAACUGAACACGGAACGCUUAUCCUGUUAGGCUGAACGGCUUCGUGUGAAUCACUAUGCAUACCCAAUGAGGUGUUGAGAGAGGAUAUCUCUUUUCACCUGUUUGUUUUUCCCAUAUCAACGAAUCACUUUUACAAGCAUGUGGCAUUAGCAACAACCUGUGUUGAUUAACUUGCUUGUUUAAUUAUUUGUUAUUUUUAAGGGCGCCUAGGGAAAAAGAACGGUAACAUCCCAAUGUUACUUUGAGAUUUACUUUGAAUAUGUUGGGAUAAACUGAAAGGGAGAGGAGGGGCGAGAAAAGCAUGUAAGCGAGAGGAAGAGAGUGAGAGAAUAAGAGCGCGUGAACGGGAGAGAGAGAGAGCGAGUGAUAAGCGUGGGAGGCAUGAGUCGUAUGUUUUUCAUGGGGACGAUGUAUUUUAACGAAGUUGAUUCUUGGACACCUGCACCAAGGACACGUCUUUGGUGUAUUUAUAUUUUGCUUAUCCUUAAUGAAAUUUUGAGAUACCGAAGAAGCAAAUCUGCUGGCGCUGUCUGGGUGUGUAAUGAAUUGAAGAAAGACAAUCGAUACAUUUUCAAGUUUGACUAACCUUGCUAGACUGCAAAUCAUUACUGAUGAUUUAUCGUUAUUAAGUCUGUGGCUGCGCUGUAUUAAGCUAGCAAAAUACCAUAAGUGUACAAAAUGUUGAGGUCGACUACAUGUGGUCAAUUUUCUGGCAUCCCGUGUGCAAAAAUGUGAGUUUUAAAAGUGACUGUUACGUUUAAUACAAGAUACAAAGUCCCUCGGUUUGAGAAAGUAAUAUCAUUCCCUUAGCGAGGUUCAAAGUUUUAGAAAGAGGUCAAGACCUCACAUCCUGCAGUGAGCUUCAUUAGCAGAGGUCGAGACUAGCUUUGGCUGGACGCCACAAAUUAGAAUUCAGGUCAAUUAGCAUGUUUAACCCAGAAAAUGCUUUUUGAAAAACACACCAUAUAUUUACCAACUAAUGACAGCGCUAUGUUCAUUGAGAUACUAGCAGCUUUGAGAUUAACUUUGUAUUUGACUAAGGUUGCUUUACAUUUUGUUCUCAAUAUAAUUGAUAGCUUUAAAGUUUGACGAUUGCCUGGCUAGCAGACAACGGUCAUAAAGCCACAUCGGCAUUACACCAGCUCUGCUUUCAAUUUUAGGGAAGCUAGUGACUUCCUCGGUAACUUUACAGCUAACAGUCUCUCUGUUAAUCCCUACCUUUCUUUAUCUUUUUUUUUUUUCUUCUUUCUGAGAAUUUCCAUAGAAACACGUACAUCUCUCCUCCCACCUUCCUCCGUUUCUUAUUCAUUCCUUUUGAUUCUUUUCUUUUCCGUCGACGUAUGUCUUUGUUUGGACACUGGUUAAAUAAACACAAACCUGCCUGUACCUGUCUGAACACCUAUCUGUACCUGUAUGCACGCCUACUUGAGCCGUUUGAUGAAUGCUUUUGAUAAAUGCAGUUCCUGGAUUUCAAA